AUGGGGGAGUUUGCGCCUAUCCUCCCUUUCGUGGAAAUGGACCCCGACUUGGAGCUGAUGAGGCAGCUUGCAGAGCUCGACGGGUGUGCUACGGAGAGCCCAAGCAUGGGAUUGUUGAUGGACAACUCCGAUGAUUACUACUUGCCUCAUCAGCCAUACUUCUCGGUGCCAUUUAUGGAGGACUCGUCCGGUGUGCCUGCGGAAUGCCAAAAGCCGGUCGCGGAGCCGCAGCCUGUGGGCCCUACCGAAGAACAGAGUCAUGGAGCCAGCAAAAGGAAGGCGAUCGCAGCACCCGAUACAAGUUCCGUGAACUGUGCAGGUCUCUGCUCGGUCACAAGGAGGAAGAAGAACCUCGGCUUUCAGGGCUCGGAGAGUGGGAAGACACACAAAAGCAAUUCCAAGGAGGUGGUUCACGUGAGGGCGAGAAGAGGGCAAGCCACUGACAGCCACAGCCUAGCCGAGAGGGUGAGAAGGAAGAAGAUCAAUGAAAGAAUGCGAUGCUUACAAGACCUUGUUCCUGGAUGUUACAAGACGAUGGGCAUGGCAGGGGUGCUGGAUGAGAUAAUCAACUAUGUGCAGUCACUGCAGAACCAAGUUGAGUUUCUUUCCAUGAGACUUUCUGCCGCCAGCUCUUUUUAUGACUACGGCAUGGGAGUCGAAGCGAUCACAACAAAUCAGGCAGAAGCAUACGAAGCUUGCCCGAGUGGCAGAGAAGGUGGUGAGGGAGGGAUAUGGGGAUUGCAGUAGACUGGUCGAUGCCUCCUUUUUGACACAGCUGCAUGCAUGCUUUCGGCUCUUGGCUUUGCCAUGUCUCUGACCACAUACAUUGCACCUCUCACUCCCUUCCCAAAUCCAGCUCAGGAAGUGUGUGCCCCGGCAGGCACCCAUGCAUGGCGCACGUGCAUAUGGGCUAUAUGCUCUCCCUACGCACAUGUGUGGGGCUCAGCCAAAUACGAACACUACCCAAUCUGUUCCUUUCUUUCCUUUGUCGUCUUGUCAGUCUAUCAUUGUAGUCAAUCUCUCCGUCGGUUUCAUCUGAUUGUGUUUCAUCUUCUUUCUUGUCAUCGU